UGAAAUUCUCAGCCUUGUUUCUUACUGCACUCGCAGCCACUACCGCCCAUGCUCUUGAAGCUCGAAUUGCUCAAUCCAUCAAAGAAGAUUUGAGAGUCGCCAAAAUCGUUCCUGAUGUUGUGCAAGAAUUCGAACCCCAGACGCAGAUGAAGAUUACGUAUCAUGAGAACAAAUUGAUCGACAUGGGAAGCGUGUUGCUCCCGGAAGAAGUCGUUCAGCCACCGCACGUAUGGUUCAGAGAUCCUCAGCCAGGCAACCACUAUACCUUGGCCAUGGUAGAUGCUGAUGCCGAGGUGCCUCUUGUGCGACACUGGAUUGCCACCAACAUUGAUGGUUCCAAGCCAGGCACCUCCUUCCGCGAUAAUUCCACGCUCCAUCAGUACACCCCAUACCACGGCCCCACGCCCCCUGCCGGUACAGGACAACAUCGUUAUGUAUUCGUUCUCUUUUCUCAGCAAACAACCAACCAAACCAUGACACCUGUGCUUGAAGAUCCCACCGUCCAUCGUGCCUACUUUAACCUCACUCAAUUUGCCUUGGAUAAUCAUCUCACUCCUGUGGCCGCUAGCUACAUGUUGGCCGAACAUCAAGACGGAUAUGACGGCGGUUACAUGUCCCGCAGAGCAAGCGCCUCGGCUGCUGCCAUGAAAGCUACCCAGGCUCCUCGCUCUGCUCGAUUCUAAGCUACUGUAGCUCGGGCCAUCUUGUUUGCUCUUUUUACUUUUUGCUACAGACUUAAAAGUUGUCUUAAAUUAAGAAAAUCCG